ACCUCUGUUUCUGGGGACAUGUUAGUUUCUGUGCUGCUCUUUCUCCACUAUCCUGUCGGAAGGUAAAGCCAGAGAAGUCAACACACCAAACCUGUUUAUUAGGCUGUUACAGAGGCCGCUGCUCGGAUAUCUAUGUAUUUGCUGGUAUGUGUGUGCACUGGCAGCUUCUCAGAGUGGAAGGCGGAAGAGACAAAGGCAAGAAGAGGGAGGGACGCUGAGCAUUGUGCUGAGCUCAGGUUGGAAGCACGGUUCUAAUGAGCGCUCUCACCUGUAAGGAAACCCGAAGCAGAAUCAGGAAGUUGCCCAGAUCACAUCUUGAAGAAGCUGUCUCUAUCUGUUUUCUGUUGUCAGAAUUGUAUUUCAUGCGCCAGAGUCAGGUGGACUUCCAGGAUUGCAAAGUACCUUUAUUUAAAUGACUACUGCCUAGCAGAACAGUGGAAAUGGAUAAAGAGCUACAACCUGAAUCUAUAGGCUGGCAGGAUAAUGAGAAAGAAGCUGGUGCCUCAUUUACUCUACCAAAGUACAGAUCUUUAAAAUAUUCCAACUUUAACACACAAGGGAGUGUUGCGGCAAGGUCUCCCAAGAUGAGGAAUGCCCAGAGCCUGAACAGGACUCCUUCGCCUGCUACAAUAAGUAAGAGAAAGAAAGGCAUUCGAGGAAGCAUUUGGAAUACUACAGGGUCACUGCCCUUUGGAGGAGCCUGGAUUUCUGCAGCUAGUUUUGAUACUUGUGAUGGACAAGAUGACCAGCAACUAGACUCUGGCGACACCGGCUUUGUAUUAGACCCUGUUGAGCAUGCAUGGAUGUUAAUGGCUGCAGAGGGUAACUAUGAUGAGCUAAAGGAGUCCCUGCAAGAAGAUCCAAGCCUCCUGUAUAAGAGAGACUUUGUGACAGGCUACUCUGUAAUCCAUUGGAUAGUCAAGCAUGGUCACCAUGAGGAUCUGAUUAGCGUCAUGGACUUUUCAAGAGCAAAUGGUUACCCACUGGAUAUUAAUACCCGUGCUAGUGGUGGUCUCACACCACUACAUAUAGCAGCCAUGCAAGGGCAUGGCAUGCUUAUAAAGGUGCUUGUUGGUGCAUAUAAUGCAAAUGUCCAUGUCAGGGACCAGAAUGGAAGGAAACCUUGGCAAUACCUGCGACCAGGAUCUGCUAGGCAGUUUCAGGAACUGUUGGGGGCACCUGAAGAUGAGGAGAAUGGGGCUUUUCUUCUAAUGAACAGUAAUAAUAAUUGCCAUUCAACCACCUCUACGGCACACCUGAGAUCCGAUGAGGUGGACUCUGCUCCUAGAAUGCCAAUCACAGUAGAACCUUUUCAAAGGCUAUUUAGAACUGCCUACAGAUUCUUCAAGAACUGGUAACUCCUGUUCCAAGGUACAGUUAUUGAUAAAAAAUCACAUGGCGCUGAACUGGAAUGGAUAGUUUUUCCUUGAAGGCAGGGCUGUAAAAACUGUAACUAUCAACAUAUUGUCUGUUUUGUCUGUGUAUUAUAUGCAGGGACUCACUGUGGAUGAUGGGAACUGUAGUCAUAAGGUGACCUAAAAGUUUUUUCAGGUUGAAUUGUAGUGAGCUAUGACGUUUCAACUCCACUCAGC